AUUGGUUCCAGAGUCCAGACCCUGAAAAGGGAUGACAUCAGCAAUGGCGCUCUGCACAGCUUGCACAGCUUGCACAGCCUCACAGGGCACACUUGCUAUUGGACUGGUCCGUGGUAGUGGACCACUUCCUUGUCCAGACACACAAUGACACAGCUACACUACGUAGUACGUAGGUAGAUUGUGUUUGAUAUCGAGAAGGUGCGUGGUAGCAAGAAUGCCCCAUUAAUCAGAGUUGUGUUUGACAUGCAUUGCUAUUACUAGCUUUUUCCCAAGCGGUGCGGCGCUUUGGGAGGCGGCGAGAACAUGGGGCACCUUUCAAGCGAUGAAGAGGAGCUUGAGGCGGGCCUCUCGCGUCGAAGGUACGAGAAGCUCCACCUAUGGGGUGCUUUUGAGAGAAGGAGUGACUAUGCUGAGGCGUGUCAGGAGUUGGCGAUCAUCCUGCGGCAGGCAUAUGCAUCUGCAAGCAAGGCCGUCCAGGUGCGCCUCUAUAGCGACACCACACUGGCGCUGCAGUUGCUGGGAAGGAUGGACGGCCGCAAGCAGCAACGGGGGGCGCUGGCUCUUGUGCGCGCGGCUGAGGCAGUUUUCCCCCGCCAAAGGAAAGCGGCCGCAGCCAAAGAGUUCAAGUCCGCGGCUCUAGAGUCCAAGAGAAGGCAGAAGAAGGAGCGAGCUUCGAGCUCGUUAGAAGGCGACGAAGGCGUGUCCGGGUCCGCCGAGGACCUGCCAUCGGACGCUCUUCGGACGGUCUUUGGGUCACUGGAUGCUGCGUCGCUUGCAACGGCAGGCUGCGUGUGCAGGGCCUGGCGCGAGAUUGCCGACGACGAUACCUUGUGGGAGGCCCACUUCGCAGCCGUCUUCGGCGCCGACCGGACGUCCGAAACCGCGGCCGCUCUAGUUCGGCUCAGCGUCAAAGAAACCGAACCUGUACCGGACAAAAAUAAUACCUCCCCUUCGUCUAGAAAGCAGCCACCCGCAAGUGCAGAACCGAACGGUCGCGGGGACCCGGUUCUGAAGUCGGGGACCGUGCUCCCGGGGUGGAAAGAGGCAUUCCGGUCGGCGUGGAGAAACCAGUCCCCGGCGAAAGUGUUCGCGUCCAACCGGGCGUACUGUAAGGAGUGUAGAGAGCCGCUCUGGGUCGGGGCACCAGAAACGGGAACGAAUGCAAGCGAGCAAGGGGGGAGGCACGAGCACAAACUGCUGCCGUGGGGGCCUCAGCAGGUGGCGGCUUGGGUGACCAACACGUGGGAGUCCAGCGGUGAGUCGAGCUCGGAAGAAGAGGCGGAGGAAUUUGAGGCGGAGGGGACUCAAGUCCGGGCCCAACGCAAACUGUGGGCAAUACAGAGGCCAUAAGAUGACCUGAGCGGAUCCCACACAAACAAGAAGGCGCGAACGAAUGCGCAAAAGCCUUAGUGUACAAGUCGGCCAUUCAUGAGCACAAAUCGACGUGCGCCCAUGUACUCGUUUGCUAUGAUUUGACGAGUGUCGUGUCUUGGAAGUCUGUUGACG